AUGGGGAUAAAAAGUCUUUGGAAAAUGAUAAAUGGCAGAGUCCUAGAGAUGGAGGAGAUGGACGGGCUUCGGCUGUGCAUUGACGGGAAUCUGGCUCUUUUUUCGUGCAUCUGCAGCUCAAACAUUGUGUUCAUUACAGAGUACACGCUCAAGUCCAUCCAAAAGCUGUUUGCACUAGGCGUUGACCCAAUAUUUGUUUUUGAUGGGAGAAAGCCUCUUUUCAAAAGAAGGCGUCUGAGACAAAGAUACGGUCUAGAAAACGCUCUGGAAGCAGAAGCAAUAGAGGAUGUGCCAAGAGAUGAGGUAGAAAAGAGCAAAAUGCCAGAAAAAAACAGACUGGCUGAUCUGAUAGAGAAGAGCAGCGAGAUUUUCAAGAAAAAACCGCACGAGAUGGAAGAAGCAGAGGGAGAUGAAACAUUAAAGCAUCCAGACUUCAAUAGAAUUUUGAACGAUCAGGAUUUCUCGAUGUACCAAAUAAAAAGAGUAAUGGAAAGGUACAAGUACAUCAAGUCAAUAAGCAAGCAGAGAAUGCACGGAGAGAGCAAUUUGAUGUUUAAGCUAAGAAUGCAGCAGAACUUCAAUGUAACGGAAGCAUGCGAAGAUACUGCGCAAAACGACUUCAAAGAAACUCUUUUCUGCAUAGAUAGCAUAAAAAACGUAAUAUACAAGGCCGAAGAGCCAGCACCUGCUAAGAAUCCAAAGCCUCUGGCUCCGGUAAAAAAUAAACCAGAAGAACACAGCAUAAAAAUAGACGACAUUGCUCUGACUGAGUAUCAAAGAGAGCUCAAAAUGUACCCCAUACUAAAAGAAGAUCUUUUGUUGAGCAAAGAGUCUGUAGACAAAGAAACUUUGCCAUUUUCGUACAGAAUCAUAAUCGACAUUCUUGACGCUUUUUCCAUCAAGUAUGCGAUAGCACCAAGCGAGUCAGACAGCCUGUACAGAAGCAUAGAAAAGGCAAUACACACAGACGGGGUGGUAACAGAGGACAGCGAUGUUUUGCUGUUCAGCAGAAAGCCCGUGUAUAGACAUGUAUUUAAAAGAGGCAAUUUUCCAAAAGUAUUUGCAGAAAAAGAUAGCCCCAUUGAGUAUAGCCGAGCUGAGCUGCACAUUCUUGCCUGGCUGCUGGGGAAUGACUAUGUGCAGGGCAUUCGCAAAGUAGGGCCCAGUAAAGCAAAGUACAUUAUUGGGCUGUACAGAGAAGCCGUUAAAAAAAAGAAAGAGCUCGAGAAUAGCUCAGAGAGUGUUGAUGUAGGUGCAUUAGGGCGCGCAGUGGACUCAAUACCUGAGAUAGACAUCGAUAGAGACUUGCCUGCGCUACUGCAGCUGCAGAGAAUCUACGCAGAAAAAGAGUUUAGCGUAAAAAUAGAGAACCUCCACCCUAGUCCCAUAGACAAAGGAAAAAUUUUAGCUUUUCUAACUAAGCGAACAACGUGGAUAGAAAGUGAGAAAGAGGGAUUCUUCAAAAUGGUACAAAAUCACAAAUAUCAAUUAUAG